ACACCACAAUGGAAAUAGAUAAAACAAAUAACCAACAAGUAGAUACACUUAAUUCGAGCAAAAUCGUAGAAAGUAAUGCACAACCAUCAUAUAGCAGCAUACUCAAAAAAUCUUUACCACAAACAACAUAUCAGCAAGCACCAAAGGAAAAUGAGAUGGAGUGGACAGAACAAAUACAACAACAGAUGACGCAACAAAUAAAUACACAAUUCAAUACUGAAAAAUGGAGUUACGACAGAAUUAUAAAGAUUGAAACUGAAGAACAACUCAAUAAAUACUGGAACAAAGUUGAGCAGACAAUCAAAAAAGCUGCUGACACAAAUAUUCUAAGGACAAAAAUAGUGCCCAAAACUUUUUAUGCUUUCUCACAAAAAGUGACUAAAUUACAUAAAGCUCUACAAAAAAUUAACGCUACAACAGAUAGUACUCAACAAGAGGUAGUCAUAUGCCAGGCAGCAGCUAUUGACUAUCAGAUGCAAAUCUCAACACAAGAAUGGCCAACCACUAUGAAAAAUUUAAUAACCGCUCUUAUAUAUACAACCUUAAUAAUACCUAAAAAAGCUAAAGCUAAAAUUGUGACGAACAAAGACUACUUUAAUAUGCAGGCAGACAAAGUUCAAACAGCUCCGCCCACAUGA